UCGUUUUCGUAACGCGAUAAGUUUAUUUUUAAUGUGGGGUGUAAAACUUGUAAACUUAGAUUUCCCUUUAAACCAACGGGCAACACUGCGUGUUAACUGUUUUUUCUUCAUGCCGGUAUUACGUCAGUAUCUGUGUCAGUAUUGCGGAUUGCGGGUACCGAUGUUCUGUGGGUGCUGGUUGUGGGUGCCGGUCUGCCGGCUGCCGGUAGCCGGUGUUAAGCCGCCGAAGCCGUACAACGUGAGCAUCAGGAGGGGAACAGAAUAAUUGUUAUUACUAUUAAAAGUUGUUUAAAAAUUACGUUAGAGAAUAAUUAAAAUUUUAUUCGUGUUCGAAAAUAAUUGAGGUUAAGUUUGUGUACUCAAGAAUUACGAAAAUGGCAUACAAACCUCAAAAAGUUCAAAAAGUAAUGGUUCAACCCAUCAAUUUGAUUUUUCGUUACUUACAAAAUCGAUCAAGAGUGCAAGUAUGGUUAUAUGAAAAUAUCAAUUUAAGAAUCGAAGGACACAUUGUAGGGUUCGAUGAAUAUAUGAAUCUUGUUUUGGAUGACGCAGAAGAAUACUAUGUGAAGACCAAAAACAGAAGACAGUUAGGACGAAUCAUGCUCAAGGGCGACAACAUAACACUAAUUCAAAAUGUAAAUCCUCAAGCGGGAAAUUAGUGAUUUUUUGCUGUUCUCUAAGAACAAAGUUUGUAAUUUAAUUUAAUCUGCUAUAAAUGCAAAUUGUUGUUAAAAGGCAGAUUCAUUAUAAUAACUUAACACCUUAUGUUGUAAGGGAAGCUGAUAAAUACAACGUAUUUUACUAAA